AUGUCUCCUCAUCCAUCAGGAGUCAGGAGGAGAGAAAGGGAGCAGCAGGGAGGAGAUGAAAAGGUGGAGAGGAGAGAGAGGAAGAGGAGUCAUGUUCCUGUGCAGGAGCACCUGUCCUGCUGUUCUUUGUGUCAGGACAUCCUGAAGGAUCUGGUCUCUACCAGCUGUGGACACUGGUUCUGCAGACAGUGCAUCACCUCAUACUGGGACCAGUCUGGUUCAUCUGGAGACUCCUCCUGUCCCCAGUGUGGAGGAAGAUCCAGAACAAGAGCAGGACUGCAGACAGACAGUCAGACCAGCUCUGUACAAAUGGAUGUUGGUCUGCAGGAGGUUUUAGAUGAACACAAGAUCAGUCUGAGGAGGAAAUGUGAAUGUGUAACUGAACUAGGAAUCAGGAUCAACAUUGAGCUCUACAUCACAGAGGGACAGAGUGAAGAGGUUAAUACUCAACAUGAGGUGAGGCAGCUUGAGACAGCUUCCAAGAAGAUCCUCCAUGACACUCCAAUCAAGUGCCACGAGAUCUUUAAAGCCUUACCUGACCAACAGAGACACAUCAGAGUGGUUCUCACGAACGGCGUCACUGGCGUUGGAAAAACCUUCUCAGUGCAAAAGUUUACUCUGGACUGGGCAGUGGGUUUGGAGAACCAAGAUGUCAGUCUGGUGGUUCUGCUUUCAUUCAGGGAGCUGAACCUGAUAAAAGAUGAGCAGUACAGUCUUCUCAGGCUAAUUCAUGUUUUCCAUCCAACAUUACAGAAGGUCACAGCAGAGCAGCUCGCUGUCUGUAAACUUUUGUUCAUCUUUGACGGCCUGGAUGAAAGCAGACUUUCACUGGAUUUCCACAACAAUGAGGUUGUGUCUGACGUCACACAGAAGUCUUCAGUCAACGUGCUGUUGACAAACCUCAUCAAGGGGAAUCUGCUUCCCUCGGCUCUCGUCUGGAUAACUUCCAGACCUGCAGCAGCCAAUCAGAUCCCUCCUAAAUGUGUUGACAGGGUAACAGAAGUACGAGGCUUCACUGACGCCCAGAAGGAGGAGUACUUCAGGAGGAGAUUCAGUGAUAAAGAUCUGUCCAACAGAAUAAUCUCACACAUCAAGACCUCCAGGAGCCUCCACAUCAUGUGUCUAAUCCCAGUCUUCUGCUGGAUUACUGCUACAGUUCUGGACCACAUGUUGACUACAGACCAGAGAGGAGAGCUGCCCAAGACCCUGACUGACCUGUACUCACACUUCCUGCUGGUUCAGACAAAGAGGAAGAAGCAGAAGUAUGAUGAGGGACAUGAGACGAGUCCACAGGAGCUGAUGGAGGCUGACAGGGAAGUUCUUCUGAAGCUGGGGAGGCUGGCGUUUGAACAGCUGGAGAAAGGAAACAUCAUGUUCUAUCAAGAAGAUCUGGAGCAGUGUGGUCUUGAUGUCACAGAGGCCUUGGUGUACUCAGGAGUUUGUACAGUUAUCUUCAAAAGAGAGAGUGUGAUCUUCCAGAAAACAGUCUACUGCUUCGUUCAUCUCAGCAUUCAGGAGUUUCUGGCUGCCGUCUACAUGUUCCACUGUCACACCAACAGCAACACAGACGUACUGGAGGACUUCCUGGGACAAAAACUUGUUGGUUCAACCCUGAAUGACUUCCUGAGGUGCGCCAUGCAGAAAUCCCUUAAAAGUAAAAAUGGCCACCUGGACCUGUUUGUUCGCUUCCUUCAUGGCCUCUCUCUGAAGUCUAACCAGAGACUCUUAGGAGGCCUGCUGGGUCAGACAGACAACAGUCCAGAAAUCAUCCAGAAAGUCAUCAACAACCUAAAGCAGAUGAACACCCACAAAAUAUCUCCUGACAGAAGCAUCAACAUCUUCCACUGUCUGAUGGAGAUGAACGACCACUCAGUCCAUCAGGAGAUCCAAGAGUUCCUGAAGUCAGAGAACAGAUCAGAGAAGGAACUCUCUGAGAUCCACUGCUCAGCUCUGGCCUACAUUCUGCAGAUGUCAUGGGAGGUUCUCGAUGUGUUGAAUCUGAAGAAGUACAACACAUCGGAGGAGGGACGACGGAGACUGAUUCCAGCUGUGAGGUACUGCAGAAAGGCUCAACUUUCUGGCUGUGGACUCUCAGACACUCAUUGUGAGGUUCUGGUCUCAGCUCUUACGUCCAACCCCUCCCAUCUGAGAGAGCUGGACCUGAGUCUCAAUUACAACCUGCAGGAUUCAGGAGUGAAGCUGUUGUCUGCUGGACUGGAGAGUCCAAACUGUAGACUGGAGACUUUGAGAUUGAGGCUAUGCAGGUUGUCAGAGAUCAGCUGUGAUUAUCUGGUCUCAGCUCUGAAGUCCAACCCCUCCCAUCUGAGAAAGCUGGACCUUAGUAACAACAACCUGUAUGAUUCAGGAGUGAAGCUGCUGUGUGGUUUUCUGGAGAGUCCACACUGUAGACUGGAGACUCUGAGAUUGAGGUGCUGUAGCUUGUCAAAGAUCAGCUGUGAUUCUCUGGUCUCAGCUCUGAAGUCCAACCCCUCCCAUCUGAGAAAGCUGGACCUGAGUCUCAAUAAGCUGAAGGAUUCAGGAGUGAAGCUGCUGUGUGGUUUUCUGGAGAGUCCACACUGUAGACUGGAGACUCUGAGUCUGGGUGACUGCAGUUUGUCAGACAUCAGCUGUGAUUAUCUGGUCUCAGCUCUGAAGUCCAACCCCUCACAUCUGAGAGAGCUGGACCUGAGUGACAACAACAACCUGCAGGAUACAGGAGUGAAGCUGCUUUCUAUUCUUCUGAAGAAUCCACUCUAUAGCCUGCAUACUCUGAGGUUCUUGAGUGAAAUGAGUGAUUUGGAGACAGAGGAGGACAGAUCAGAGUCUCCAGGAUCCAGCUGGUUUAAAUACAAACCUCCAGGCUUCAGUGAUGAACCUGGACCUUCAGACUUCAAGAUGGACGGAGAAUACAGGACUACACCUCACCGACAUGAAGGACAUCCGUCCACAUCAAGCACCUUCCUGGAUGUGUCUGAGGAGAGCAGAAAGGAGAGUGUGGAUGAAGAGGAUCAGCUGUGUCCUGAUGAUCCAGAGAGGCUGAAGCAGCAACAGCAGCCUCUGUGUGGAGAGGCUCUGAAUCCUGACAAGUUAAGUUUCAGACCUGAACUGCUGACUGAGUCUGGAAAGAGUUCAUACAGGUUCAGGUGUCCUGGUCCAGGUGUGUUUCAUUGUACUGUGACUGGACUGGUGUUUGUUGUGGCUCAGGAGGCAGAGCUGCUGUACAGGACUGUCCAAUGGGAUGAGAGCCUCCUCCAAUCAGCUGGCAAGAUGGCUGCAGGGCUGCUGUUUGAUAUCAAGUGUUCAAAGGAUGCUGCUCUCUGUCAGCUCCACCUCCCACACUGUGAAAUUGUGGAUGCUCUGCUGCCUGAUAGUCUGUUGUCUGUUGUUCACAUCACUGAUGACGGAAUGAGUAUCCUGGAACCGCCGGAGAUUACAGACACUCAUGUAGUUGUUAAAGUUCCUCACCUCUCUAUCUUUGGCCUAGUCUGGGACAUUGUUAAGAGGUUGUGGACGAAACCAGUAAGCGGCCAAGUUCUGCUUUUCCUCGGACCACCAAACCAAAAUACACAAAGGCAAAAACUCAAUGUGUUUCUCCUGCCGUUGAACAUCAAUCGGGAUGAGGUCAGAAAACAACAGCGACCUUAUGAAAACAUCAAGGCCAUGUCCACAUGUAAACUCAUCAAAGACCAAAGUUACACUCUUCACUGUCCUCAGGCCAUCAAAAUUCAGCCUAGAAGCGCAGAUUUUAUCCUGGAGUUUGGACCAAAUUACUACCCAGCGUUUGAGAUCCGCCUGUCCACAAAUGAAGAAGAAGUGACUUUAACGGUCCGAGACCAAACACAGAUGGAGGUCUGGGAGCAUGAUGUUGAUCUGAUUGAUCCGGCUCUACGUGAAGAAAAUCCACAGAGGCCUCGCUCAGCACAGGGAAGGUUGUUAUCAGUUCGCUCACAGUUUGUUAGUUCAGUGUCUGACUCUGUUCUAAACCAGCUGCUGGAUAAACUUCUAGAACGGGGCAUUAUAAAUCAAGAAGAAAUGGAGUCGGCCAGAACCAGAACCAGGGCUGACAAUGCGCGAGCUGUGAUUGACAUGGUACAAAACAAAGGAACAGAAGCCUGUUCCUCCCUGAUUGAAGACUUGAGUAUGUUUGAUGCACAACUUUUCAGAACACUGAAUUUGAACUGAAGUAGGAAUGAGACUCAGCAAAUGAAACAAAAGGAAAUCGACAACCAUAGAUAGAAGUGGUAUCCAGCAUCUUUUUACUCACAGAAAACAGAAAGUUUGUUUUGCUUUGAUUUAUUGAAAGCAUGAACAGAUUUCCAAAAACUCCCAGAGAAGUUGAAUCUUUAAUGUCCAGGUUUAUUGAGACUACUGGCACCUUUAAUUAUCAAUUCAUUAAUUUUGUAUGAUUAAACUUGAACUUUUAUUAUGGCGCUCACUUCCUAUGACCGUAACCUGAGUCACCCUGAUGGCUCGUUGACCAGGACAAGAAAACUUCACAUUGUUCAUCUUUUCUUCCAGACCUCGAUGUAUCCUGACCAACAGCUGGGAGUCUCAUGAAAUGAAUAUAUUUCAAAUGAGCCUCUUUGAUUGUGUUACCUGGCUUACUUUGUGAUGUUUUGUGGGUAAAGUAGUUUUGGGCGGGUUGUCAUAAUCUUAGUCUCCUUUUUGUAUCAUCCAAGAAAAAGUUUAAUAAAAUUCUAAUAAAUCA